AUCCGCUUGCCCUAAAAUACUUAAGUCGAGUAUCUACCCUUUAGCUCCAGGUACACCAGUACUACCUACCAUUGAAGUAUUAUACUGUCACUGCGUCCAUACUCUUCUAUAAUGUCUUUAUUCUCAAUAUUAUCACUAUCCACGCUAUGUAUUAUCUCCCACGCAGCACCACUGGGUGGUCAGACAAUUGGUCAUGAUACCGCGCUACUAGCUAGCUACGACUUCAUAAUAGUAGGCGGAGGCACCAGUGGACUUGUUGUAGGAAAUAGAUUAUCUGAAAAUGCAGGUCAGAAUCACUUACUUAUUUACAUGAUUUAAUACUUACCAUAAUUAUAAUACAGCAACGAGCGUUCUUAUUAUCGAAGCUGGUGAACUGUGAGUUAUAUGCAUUUGGAAACUUUUUUGGAUUUAAGAUUACAUGUCUAAUGGGUGUGAAUUUUGAAGUGAUCAGGGGGAAGACUCUAUAUAUGUGCCGCUUUUUGCAGGAAUUAGUAAUGGGGCUAUAGGGACUCAGUAUGAUUGGAACCUAACCUAUUCACCGCAGACAGCAGCGCAUGAUCGGGAAAUUGCUAUACCAUUGGGUAAGGUAGUAGGUGGAGGCUCUUGUUUGAAUAAGAUGGUUUUUGAUAUUGCUGGGAAAGUGGAUUAUGAUCGCUGGUUGGAAGUAGGGGCUGUUGGUUGGGAUGAUCUCUUUCCAUAUUUUAAAAAGGUAUGGUCUUUCUCUUUCUAUUAACUUAAGGAUUAGAUGGACUCAUUUGUUGUUAAAUAGUUAACCAAUUUCACGCCACCCGCGCCGGAAAUCGCAAAAGAAUGGGAUAUACAAACUGAUACUGCAGCACAUGGAUAUAACGGUUAUGUAGUAGACCACCUACCAAUCAUUGUGACACCGACUGAUAUUUUAUAGGUUCAUUCAAGCUAUCCGACCUUUUAUUGGCCAUCCACCAGUGAGUGCAUUGCAAGAACCUUGACGUUAUUUAUAUCUGUUAACCAGUUGCUAGAAUACUUCUUUGCUGCCAUGAAAUUCCUUGGGACCCGCAAAGUAUUUGAUUCUCUAAAUGGAGAUGCAAAUGGUGCUUUGUGGAACCCACAGUCACUUGAUCCAGAUACCAAGACGCGAUCGAAUUCUAGAACUGCUUAUUGGAACAGUGCAAGUAACCGGACAAAUUUACACCUUUUGACUGGACAUCAGGCAACAAAAUUGAUCACUAAAUCAAACAACUGGGGAGUUUCAAUUAUUGGUGUGGAGGUAAGUGUUUACCGAUGAAUCCUUUUAACAAUUUUCUGACUUUGAACAUAGUAUGCCACUGGUUCCAACUCCACGAAGUCGACUGUAUUAGCGAAAAAGGAGGUCAUUCUCGCAGCUGGUGCUAUACACUCGCCUCAGCUGCUUCAAUUAUCUGGAAUCGGAGAGCCUUCUUUGCUUAAAAAGCUCGGCAUAAACACUGUGGUAAACUUGCCAGGGGUUGGUGCAAACUUUCAAGAUCACCCGUUGCUUGCGUCCGUUAAUAGCUGUGCGUUGAUAUGCCCAAAUCUUAGGAUAACAACGACUGAUUAGCUUAUUAGUGAACAUUGCUCUCAACUCGAACAAUCUGACAACUAAUGCGGCUUUCAAUGCUGAAAUGUUAGCAUUGUACAGAUUCAAUAAAACAGGUAGGUAAAACGUAUUAGUAUUUGAGACCGGCCUUAACCAAGUAGUACAGGUCCUUAUUCCACUGCAGGGGUGAAUGCAUUCGCCUUUCUUGGAACUCCCUCUUUCACCAACACAACUUCACAAAUCGUGUCUUCCGCUUCAUCAAUCACUCCGGCAUCAUACUUGCCACCUGAUGCUGACCGGUCCGUCUUGUUGGGAUAUGAGGCCCAAUACAGAAUUCUCACUCGAGAUCUCCCAUCAAAUAGCGUUCCAAUUAUGGAAUUCAUAUUUCUCGAUGGGCCAGUAUAUGCAAUUCUUCAACAUCCUUUCUCUCGUGGUACAGUAGCGAUUACUUCCACGGAUCCUUUCAUUCCACCAUCAGCAAACCCAGGAUUCCUAUCGCAUCAAACGGAUCUUCUUCUGCUGAGUGCUGCGGCUAGAUAUGCACGUAAAAUAAUAAACACUCCAACAUUUGCACCGCUAUCACCAGUUGAAAGCAUUCCUGGUCCAGCUGUGCAAACCGAGUCGGACAUUCAAACAUGGGUUCGCUCAGCUAUUGUUUCGACGUAUCAUCCAAGUGGUUCUACAUCGAUGAUGAAGAGACAACUUGGAGGAGUGGUUGACUCCAAUUUUAAGGUUUAUGGAGUUGAGAAUUUGAGAGUGGUUGAUGCGGGUACAUUUCCUAUGAUACAGGCUGCGCAUUUGCAGGUUACUGUGUACGCAAUGGCCGAGCGAGCUGCCGAUGCGAUUAAGAAGGCAUAUCGACUUUGAGGCUGGUGAGGUUGAGGGCUAUGGAGAUAGGCUGAGUAUUAGGAAUGAAUGCAACUGAACAAGUAAAUUCCUCUUGCUCUCGAAGAAUGAGUAAAGUAAAGUAGCUCACCAUCAAUCACAUGAUGAUUGGUCGUGAAGAAAACUGAAAGACUCAAUAUCACGAUGUCUGGUGCUUCAUACAGAAUGAAUGGAUUUGACUGCUCGAUCCGAUGAUCUGGUUGAGAUGUGUAGUUGCUGUAAAGAAUGUGUCUAUUUCAAUGUUGUUUCAAUGAUAUCUCCAUCUUUUGGGAAUGUUGAUCUUAUUGUACUGGAAUCUAGUGCAAUAGAUACAUUGAUAGUUGUACUCGAGUAAUGGAAUUGUUGAACUUGCCAUCUGUGCUGUGAUUUGUUAAAAGCACGCUACCAUAUUCGCGAUAUAGGCAGGUGCAUGCCUAUAAGCGAUCCAAACUUAGGCUUUCCUUCCAUCAACACAUCCUCAACCGUUCAAUUAACCACCAGGACUUGCCUGUACACGCAUAACAGGGUCUUAUAUAAAUAACAAGAUCUAACCAAA